GCUGCACUGAUCUGGUUUAUCAACAAACUACUGCUGUGCAUAGUUACCAUGGAUGAUUCAUCUUAUGUGGAACUUAAUAGCAAAUUAACAUCAGCCAGUAAAAUGGAGGAAAAGCAAAUGAAAGCAAUGGAAGAACUGGUUGCAACAGAAAAUCGCUAUCUCACUUUGCUACAGCUGUGUGCAACAGUUUUCCGGAACCAUUUACAAUUCAAACAGGUGCCAGACCUGGACCUGGAGGGCUUGUUCGGAAAUAUUGAUGAAGUAUUAUAUGUAUCGUCCAAUUUAUUCAAAAAUCUGGAAGAAGCAGCUGCUCGGAAAUCUGGUCAAGUCCUCUCGAUAAGUAACGUGUUCCUCGACGUCAAACAAGAGCUGGAAGAUGCUUACAAAGAGUACUGUGCCAACUAUGAGACCACACUGUUUCUUGAAACUACUUACAAGAAGAAUGAACAUAUUUGGAAAGAAGUUACAGAAACUUUAAAUGUAGUGGGGGCUCACGAAGGUACCAUGACAUUGACUUUCUUCCUGGUGACACCAGUCCAGAGGAUUGGUAAAUACCCAUUACUUUUAAAAACUAUACUGGAAAAUACACCACAAUCUGAUGAAGGCUACACUGCACUAGAGAAAGCUACCGUGGCAAUGCAAGAAGUAAAUCAUAAUAUCAAUGAAUACAAGAGAUUAAAGGAAGUAGCAAUGAAAUACAGCAAACAAGAAAAUCUUUCAAUAAGGGAUACAAUAGGCAGAAUAAACAAGCAUUCCAUUGCAAAGAAGGCAGCCAGGCUCAGCCAAGUUAUUAAACAUGAAACUGGAAUCCUUCCAAAAAUAAAGGACAAAGAUUAUGAUGCUUCAGUAAAACUUUUCUGUAUAAUUGAAAAAAAUGUUUCAGAACUGAAGAAAAACACACAAAACUAUAUAUCAAAUAUGGAGCAUUUUCAAAACUUAAGGUCCUACCAUUACGUAUCUGAUUUGGCGGAUGAACAUGCUACCGUCUGCUAUCAGGAAUUUAUCCAGAGACUCCACCAGCAGAUAAUUCCUGAAUUUAAAAGAAGAUUGGAAUCCAUCAUUUAUGAACCGCUAUGUGCCCUCACAAGUUUGUUCAGUGGCCCACAACAGCUGGUUAGAAAACAUGAUGAUAAAUUAUUAGAUUAUGAAAAAAUUCAGGAGAAACUAAAGCAAGAAGGUAAUGCAUCUUAUGACGAGAAGGCUGCUAUGGAGACUUACAAAGCGCUGCAUUCUUUAUUACUCACCGAACUCCCUAGAUUUAACAGCAUUGUACUACAGCUACAUGCACAGAUUCUUCAAGCAGUUAUCACUGUUCAUCAUGACUUAGCCAACAAUGUGCUUCAAUUCACCAGCCAGCAUCUGCAUGAGUUUCUACUUGGUCACAAAGAUAACUUUUGGCAACAAACAGAAGAAACUUUGCUGCAAUCAAAUGUAAAACUGGAAAACUUCUGCCAAAUAUUUGAAUCAAUUAUGGGACAGACUAUAGAACAGCCUUAUAAUGAAGACAAACUGGAAAUGCUUCUGAAAAAACACAGCCCAGACAAAAUUUAUCAAGUUACCAGUAAUAUUUCUGGAAACAAAGAACUUGACCUGACACUUCAAAGAGGUGAUCUUGUGGCACUUCUUAAGGCUGCAGAUACAAAAGGAAAUACAAAUAGGUGGCUUGUGGAUUCAGGAGGUCAGAGAGGAUUUGUCCCUGCUGGAAGACUGAGUCCACAUCAGCCAGCAAAACAACUAAAUAACUCUCCGCUGUCACAGAGUUCAUCUCUUGGUAAUGUCGUAGAUGGAGCAAUUAGCAGAAGAAAAUAUUCUCCUUCGCCUGAAAGAUCUCUUUGCCGACUGCCAGUACCAGUGCAAUAUCAAGUUAUUGCAGCAUACCAGUUUACAGCAAGAGGACCUCAUGAAGCUAGUUUACAACCUGGACAAGCUGUAACUAUACUGGAACCUCAUGAUAAGAAAGGAAGCAAUGAAUGGUGCCUUGUCGAAGUGAAUGGGCAAAUGGGAUAUGUACCUUCAAAUUAUUUGACAAAAGUGCCUUUCAUUGGGGGGAGGAAAUCCUUUGGGCUAUAAUAUUUAUUCUUAACACCCUAGCAUUGAUUAGGCCUUCAAACAAUUGCACUAAAUGUUCUUGCACAUAAAAUUUGCAGUAGCAAGGAGAUAUGAAGAACUGUGAGACACUAAUGUUGUUACCAGAAUCAUGCAUGUUAACCUUGAAGUGUAAGCUUUGUUAAUUUUUGUUUUGUUUUGAGGAGUAUGAUGAAAACCAACAUUAUCAGAAUGGUAGUAUGUUUUUAUGAAUUUUCUGUCAGUAUUCAGAUUUUAAGAUGUGCCCGAAUGUGGGAGUGACAAUUGUUGCUCCCUCAGGUGUAAAACACUCAACUUCACUCAUGCACUUUUGUAGCUUGUAAAAAGAUGUUAUUGUAGAGAGAAAAUUCAGAAUUAGUAAAGAACAAGGACAGUUUGGCCAUGUGCUUACUGUUCAGUUUCAAAUUAGCCAUUCUCCAUUAUGCUUAAAGUUAUCGAAACGUUUCAACUCAGCCUAGACACUGAAGUAUUGCUUCACCUGAGGCUGGAGUUUACAUUUCUCGGCAGAGUGAGGGAGUCAGAUCAGAAACUGAAUGGUCUGCUAGCUCCUGCCAUCUUAGCUCGGCCAGUCAAGCAUCAGAUGUCCAAUUAGUGGCUGCCUGGCUGGAAAGAAGCCCAUUAGAGGAACAAAGGGGAACUCUGACCCAAUCGGCACUGUAGGCCGGGCUAUCAUGGGAUAACACUCUGAACAUGAAGUUAAUAACGGCUAGAAUUGUAAACGCCUCCUGAUCUCAGAAUUUUCUAUUGAAACCUCAAAAAUGAUUUAAAAAUUACUUUAAAAAGACAUACAGAUGCUGCCACCUUCCCAACAGAUUCUGUUGGUACUUUCGACCAGGAUCCUGGUGGCAGGCCUUUUCCUCUGCCCUCUUGUCAUCUUGUCAUACUGCUGUAAAAAAAACUCCCAAACUAUAUCAUGUCCAUGUCUGAAAAUGCAGUGGGCAAUGAAAAAUUGUGGUCGAUUGGAGUGUUAAGAAACUUAAUAACUUGUUCAUUAGUGAUUUCAAAAUGGUUGUAGGGCUGCUGAUUUUCACACCCACUCGCCUUCCAUCAUUUGGGAGACUGGUAGUGAUGAUGUCGCAUUGCUGACUCAACAUCAUCAUGCUGAAUUUUUCAUCAGCUCAGAGGGCAACGUGCCCCAUUUGGGAACUUAAAAUCCAGCCCUUCCUUCCUAAUGCUUAAAUCUCCCACAUUAUUCAGGUGAUAUUGGUUUGGUCUUAAAGAUGAGCUUGCUGCAUAGAAAAGGGUAGAACCAAAAAUCUCUCAGUAUAAUUUUUUGGACCGUUUACUCAAAGCCAACAGUAGGCCAUGUAAAGAAAAACGAGUCCUGCACUGUGAAGGAUAUAGUUCACUUCUUAGAAUAAUAUAGUAGGAGAUUUCCAUUUUUAUUUAACUUGUGAAUAACUGACAUUGGAGUACUUCAUACAUUAACAUUUGAAGUCAGGUGUUUCAUUGUGAGUAUGGAUUAGAUGACUAGGUGGAUUAAAAAUGCUCCAUUUCUAUGUACUGGCCUCUCAGAUUUUGCACAAAAAAUGUUUUUUUUAAAGAAAAUGUUUAAACCUGGUUGGGGUUGUAAUAAGCACACAUGUUGCAAGCACAAACUUAACAGCAAUUUACUAACAAUGAUGAAUUGUAACAUUGUGUUGCACGGUGAAUUAGAAGUUUUUUGUGGAUGCUUUUAUGCUAGCAUUUAGGAAGAAUACUGUGAAGAAUUAAUUUUUACAAAGUAUUAACUUUUUUUUAAUGAAGGAACCUGUGCUUUAUUAUUAGGACUGCGCACAGCAGGCAAAAUUUAAUUCCCCCCACUGGAACAGGCUGUGAGGUGGGGAGUGGUGGGGUACAAUAGGAUUGAGAGGGAAGGUGGAAAGUGGAGUGGCAAUUGCCUUUCUGACACCCCCUGAUUCAGUCAGGAGCGGGGAAGGUCAAGCUCGGAGGCUAAUUGAGGCCCUUGUGGUCAAUGAAGGACCUAAUCCCACCGCUGGUUGUAUUCUACCAGCAGUGGAGGGUGCGGUGAAUUGGGGAGUGAAACGCUUUUUGGGAAUCAGCCAGUAAAAGCUGGCAGUCUCCCUGCAAGCUCAGGGAGUGGCGUAGGGUGAAAGGGGCUCCUAAUCAGGCACCCUGUAGCCCACAGAGGGCCACCCUACUGAAAGAACCCUCUGCUGUCACUAACAACCUUAUCAGGGCCUGUUGGAAUGUCCCAGAGGAGCCCAACCCCGCUUGUUUUAAUUCUGGGGCCUCCUUCAUUGCAGCUGCUUCAGGCUUCUAUGAUCCCAGCAGUGGUCACCACUCCCAGUGGCACUGCUGGGACUGAAGAAAUGACAACGCUCUGAUUGGCAGUUUGUGAAUGCAGGUUCUUUGCCUUUAAAGCCACAGAAGCCCUGACAGGAGCCAACAGUCAGCAGGCAGCAUGCAGAUACUGCAACCAGUUAGGAAGGCAAAAGGAAUGCUGGCCUUUAUUGCAAGGGAGGUGGAGUGUGAAAGUAGGAGGUUUUGCUACACCUGUGCAGCACGUUGGUGAGACUGCACCUAGAGUACUGUGAAAAGGUUUGGUAAGAAGGGAUGUACUUGGCAUGAGAAGCAGUUCAGAGAAGGUUCACUAGGCUGAUCCCUCAGAUUGUCUUCUGAGGAAAAGUUGAACUGGUUGAGCCUAAUCUCAUUGAAGUUUAGAAGAAUGAAAUGUGAUCUUAUUGAAGCAUAAGAUUCUGAGGAAAAUGACAAGGCAGAUGCUGAGAGAAUGUUUUCCCUCAUGGGAGAACCUAGAA